AUGGCCACCGAAAAUGUGUACAUUGUGUUAUAUCCUAAUGGAGAAAUAUAUGUUACAUCUGAAGGUGUUACAUUCGUUUGUGAUGAUCCACUGUGGAUAAUGAUCCCGCUGCAGUCAUCUUUGGAAGAGCUGAAGAAUGUGAUCCUGGUGAAUACCGGUCUAGUUGGAAAAAAGGAAAUCACGAAGUUGACUUACAGAAUGCCAGUUGCAGUGGCCAACUCGUUUACGUAUCAGAAAAUGCAGAUUAAAUCUGACCAACAAGUUUCGAUGAUGUUUUCUUAUCAUCGGAGCAUUGGAAGUAUUUAUUCGCUGGAGCUUUGUUUGUGUCUCCAAGAUCUUGGAGGAAGCUCCUCUAGUUCCAAUAAUGUGGUGAAUCAUGUGGUGCAACCUGGAAAUUUCGUUGCCUCGGAUUUGAUGCCAUUCCAGGAGAUUGUUAGAGCUCCCAGUCCCACGUUCAACGCCUUUGUCACGCACGGACAGAUUGGAGGAAAUCGUUGUACACGUCCUCCCCCUUGUAACCGAGUUGCAUCACCAGAAGGUAUUGGUGGUGGGUUGGCAGACACUUCUGACGAAGAUGAGAUCGAAGAUGAUAGUGGGGAAGAAGCAGAAGUGGUUCCUGAAACCCAACCCGUUUACCGUGACAAGGAUAUUCUGAGUCGGGUUGAAUCGGUUGGUGGGUCAAGCGGUACUCCAGGCCACUAUCUGUCCCUAAAUCUUGGUGCAAUGGGUUCGGCGACUGCUGAAGACACACCUAGCAACUAUGCUUUGUCUGGUGAGAUGGAGCUCGAGGUCGGUCUAAAAUUUCUCAAUAGAGAAACUGCCAUGCUUGCCGUAAAGAACUACAACAUUCGUAGAGGUGCAGAAUACAAGGUUGUAGAGUCGGAUCAAGCUAGUUGUCUGGCAACCUCAAUGUCACAAGAUCAUGCUCAACUUGAUAGCGACGUCAUCUGCCACCAUAUACACCCCAUGGUACAAGCAGAUGCUACUAUUUGCGUAAAGGUGCUGCAAGGUUCAGUGGAAUCAGCAUACGGGUACAAGGUUUCUUACAAGAAGGUAUGGCAUGCGAAGCAGAAGACAAUUGCGAAGAUUUAUGGUGAUUGGGAUGAGUCAUAUGACCAGUUGCGCAGAUAUUUCAACGCACUGCAAGCUUUCAUUCCAGGUAACAUAGUCCAUUGA